GCUGAGCCAGGCUGCACAGCCCUAUACUAUUUGUCUCACUGGCAAACUAUACAUUGGCUGUCUUCGUGUCUUCUUCGAGAUCUGUGGCGCGCCUAAGCUGGUUGAUUAUCAUACUGGAAUGUCACCCUUACAUCUAGCCGUGAAACAUAUCCAGUCGAUUUUACUGACAUUCGAUGUGAGUGCGCGACGUCAAAGCAGUAUCCAAUGGGCCAAAUUUAGAAUACAAUAUCCGCAGUGAUUGAAUUUCACUGGAAGUCGAGGAUAUAUAAAGACAACUUUCAAUAGCCCAAAAUGUUCUUAUCAAUAUAACAACCAAAGCGCAAUACUAAAGCCUCAAACGCCGACUUGACAAUACCACUACGCAAAACUUUUUUGUCCUUUCUUCCAACUUCAAAUCAAAAUGAAGGGCUCUAUCUUUGCUACGGCUUGCACUACACUACUCAUGGCUCUAGCCACCGCUACCCCGACUGAGAAGCGUGUCUUUGAUGUAUCCAUCACCUUCCACGGUGCUGAUAACCAGUCAUACACCAUGUUAUUCCCGGCUGACAUAAACUCUGUGAAAAUUGACAACCCCAUGGUGGUCCACAGCAUCUCCUCCCCUGGAGGUGGAUUCUGCACUCUUACCGGAACUGAAGGAGAGACUGUUGUUAUUUAUGCCGAGGAUGAACAGACUCUGAAGACUCCUCAGCCGAUGGCUUGGGGAGCUUGUGACAACAACUAAGAUUUGUGUGAAUUAGCUGGAUUAUUAGAUUGGACACGCGUGGGCAUUAUAAGGAGUUGUCGGAGGGAGAAGUAUUGCUUCAUCGCCCAGAUCUCCUGGGGAAUAUUUCGCUUGAGUUGUAUUAUAGUAACUCAAAUCGAGCCUCAUUGUAAAAUUUGCCAUGCCCCCGGGAUUUGCCCCGUAUACGGAGUACGAUAUCCACUACAGGUAGAGGCAGGAUUGGAUCUGACUUCUAGGCAGCACUGCCACUUCCACAUCGCUAGGGCUUGACUCACAAAUACUCC